CUUUUUCGCAUCACAAUCACAAUGAAGUUCAAGUCGAGCAAGUCUGCAUCAUCCACCUCGCAACAAGAAUCCGCUCGCCCUGCUGCGCGCUCCAACAUCUGGGACGACAUCCAGCUGCUGAACGGCGAGCACUCGACGCUGGUGGACAAGCGCGCCGUCCAGAUGUUGGCGCCGUACUUGCCUGCACAUGCGCAGGGGUGGAACUGGCAUAUGCGGUACUCGACCAAGCGCGAUGGGACGUCGAGCCACUCGAUGCACCGCGCAGCAUCAAAGUACCCCGGACCGUCCCUCUGCUUCAUCCGCGACAAGGCAAACACAGUGUUUGGCUGCUUUGCAACGCACACAUGGAGCCUCGAGAGCUCGCAGCACGGCGCCUUCUACGGCACGGGCGAGUGUCUGCUCUUCAAGUACUCGCCAAAGUUCGCCGUGUACGACUGGACGCAGUCGUCCAUCAACAAUCACUUCCAGUCGGGCCAGUUGCCGCACGACGCGUUCAUCAUGGGCGCCGGCGAUGGCAAGUUUGGCCUGUGGGUGGACGAGACGCUCACCAAAGGCACCUCCGUCCGAUGCCCGACCUUUGACAACGAGCCGCUCGCCGCCACAGAAGCGUUCGAGAUUCUAGACCUCGAGCUGUGGGUUUUGGAUGUGCCGCAAGGCGAGGCUCGGUUCCGCGAUUAGCCGUCACUCAAUAAAACAGAAGAUUAAAAGUCG